UUUUUAUUAGUGUUAUUAUUUUUAAUUAAACCAUGUUACUUUAGCUAACUACACUAGGAUAAUCUCUGCUACUGCCAUUUAGCUUGUGUGCUAACUGUGCUAGCGCGACAACAAAAUAACGUUUUUAGCAUCAAUCGAUGACGUUUUGUACCGGAACGCAAUUUCUGAUGACGUUGUACACACGGUGUAAUACUGGACGGACUCAUGUUGGACACAACGCAUCGCAGAGGUGUGAGUUUGACCUGAGUGUAAGGUAGAUAUGGCAUCCAGCCGUCUAGGUCUUUUGCGGCCGAUCCUCUGCGUUAUAAGAAGUCCCUUUGUAAACGGCACAAGAGUGCCUCCUCUCACUCAGCAUUACUGCCCUCAUGUUGUUGUCCCACCACCUUAUGGUCGCCAAUAUGCCACAAAGAAAAGUAAAGCUAAAGCAAAGGGCCAGACAGCCAAAGUGAGCAUCAACGCAGCCCUGGUGGAAAACAUCAUCAGCCUGGAUGAGAUACAGGCAGACAUGUCUUCUGUGCUGGCCACAUUAAAGGAUGACUUCAGUCGUAACUUGAGCAUCAGAACCUCACCAGGUGCACUGGACCACAUCACAGUCAGCACCAAGGAUGGUAAAUUCCCUCUAAACCAGCUCGGGCAGAUCUCCAUGAAGUCUCCGCAGCUCAUCGUCAUCAACAUGACAAGCUACCCAGAGGCCACAGCGGCUGCCACCCGUGCUUUACAGGAAAGCAGCAUGAAGCUGAACCCAGAGGUGGAGGGCACCAUCAUCAGAGUGCCCAUUCCCAAGGUGACAAGGGAGCACAGGGAGAACCUGGCUAAGCUUGCAAAGCAGUUCGGCAACAAAGCCAAGGAGUCAGUAAGAAGAGUCCGGUCCAACGCCUUAGCUCAAGUCAAGAAGUCCAAAGAGGGCGUCUCUGAAGACACCAUCCGCCUGAUAGAAAAGCAGGUAGUGUCACCUUAUGCGGAGGUCAAUUUACAGUCAACUUCACAAUUAUUUUUGGUUCAGCAGAUGGCCGACAAUUUUGCAGCAGAUAUAGACAAACAGCUAGCAGCAAAAACCAAGGAGCUGCUCGGCUGACGUCAACAAGGCGAUCCAAACUUCUUCUUUUUUUAUUUUGCCUUGUUUGUUCAAGAUACCAAGACAAACAAGAAAAAGCUGGACAUCCUUACAACUGACCUUUACAUGUAACGAUUACUGUGAUGGAAAUUAAUCUGCUAGAGGUGGCGCUUGGGCGUUGUUUGUGCGUUUUUAUGGUGCAUAAACAAAUGCUGCCGUGGCACGCCAGUGGCUCUUAGCUUCCUUGUCUUCACAUCUUCAAACAAACAAACGGGAGGACAGAUGAAGUUUUAAUGUGAUUUGGGGUCCUCCCUCCUAAUCAGAGAGAUGCCACAAACCCAGUGUUUACAUAAGAAAGUGCAGAACUGAAGCGGUACAGGAUGCUUCAAGUCUUCGAGGAUGGAUCUUGUAAUAAGGCAUUGCCAACAUUUGGCUCACAUUCGGUGCUGUUGGUGUAAAAUUGAUUCGCGGUUUUUGAGAAUCCUGUAACUACUGAUGCAUAACUGAAUAAAAAGUGCGCAGUAUUUUGGCCAGA